AUGGUGAUGAAACUUAUGAAAUGCUAUACGAAGGAUUUGGACUUCCUCCACCAAGCUUUAUUCACGAGGCAGCAAGUUCUGGUAUUAAACAAGGUCCAGAUGAGAAAACCAAAAAAAUUCUUCAAUUUAUUGAAAGAGGCCGAAAGAGAGUUAUAUCCUGAGUUUCAGAAGUUUUCAACGCUCUCAUUUAUUGUCCGGUUGUUGCACAUCAAGUGCCUUAGUGGAUGGUGUGAAAAGUCUUUCACGAUGUUGCUCGAGCUUUUGAAGGAUUCGUUCCCAAAGGGUGAAACUUUGCCAAAGUCAUUUUAUGCAACUAGGAAACUUCUUAGGGACUUGGGCCUCGAUUAUCAUAAGGUACAUGCAUGCCCAAGGGAUUGUUCACUAUAUUGGAAGGAAACAGCUGGUAUGGAUGAUUGCAUAGUGUGUCAUAUGCCUAGAUACAAACAGUUUGAGGGGGAGGAGAAUGAUGUUAAUAAGAAGCAACAAGGAAUUCCGCAUAAGAUUGUUAGAAACUUUCCAUUGAUUCCAAGGCUUCAAAGAUUGUUUAUGUCAUCCAAAACACCUUGUUUAAUGAGAUGGCAUGCAAAGGGCCAAAUUGAUGACGGCAAAAUGAGAAAUCCCGCUGACUCCCCAGUUUGGAAAAUUUUUGAUAAUUUGUAUCCCAAGUUUGCGAGUGAGCCUCGCAAUGUCAGACUGGGUUUAGCAGCGGAUGGAUUCAAUCCAUUCAAGGCAAUGAAUGUCUCUCAUAGCAGUUGGCCAGUUAUUAUAAUGCCAUACAAUUUGCCACCAUGGUUGUGCAUGAAGCAGCCUCAUAUAAUGAUGACAUUGCUCAUCGAUGGUCCUUUUUCACCUGGAAAUAAUAUUGACGUCUACUUGCGCCUUGUAGUGGAUGAAUUGAAAGAACUAUGGGAAAACAGUGUUGACACGUAUGAUGCGGAAACUAAUCAGAUGUUUCGAAUGCAUGCUGUGUUUUUGUGGACUAUAAAUGAUUUUCCUGCCUAUACAAUUUUGUCUGGAUGGAGCACGAAAGGCGCUUUAGCUUGUCCUUGUUGUAAUACACAUACUCGUUCUCGAUAUUUGAAGAACGGAAGGAAAUUAUGUUACAUGGGGCAUCGUCGCUGGUUGAAUGGGGGUCACAAAUUUCGGAAAGCUAGUGCGUCUUUUGAUGGCACUCGCCCUAAGUUCAAAUUGAAUUCUAAGCGUCAACAAUCUAGCAAACGUAAUAGAAAGGGGAAAGAAAAGGAGGAAAAUGAGGACUCGGGUCAUAAUUGGAAGAAGAAGAGUAUUUUCUUUGAGCUAUCAUAUUGGGAGCAUAAUUUGAUUCGCCAUAAUCUUGAUGUGAUGCACAUUGAAAAGAACGUGUGUGAUAAUGUAUUGUGGACGAUAUUAAAUGUUGAUGGGAAAGGGAAGGACAAUUUAAAUACUCGUCGAGAUCUGCAAGAUAUAGGAAUUCGGAAGGCACUACAUCCUCAGAAAAGGGUUGGGAACAAGUAUUAUUUGCCUCCUGCAUGUUUCGCCAUGAACAAUAGAGAGAAAAGUCUAUUCUGCACACUUCUAAAGAAUAUCAAAGUUCCAGAUGGUUACGCAUCCAAUAUUACUCGUCGGGUUAACCUUAAACAGCGUAGCAUAUCUGGACUAAAAAGUCAUGAUAACCAUAUACUCAUGCAACAAAUACUUCCAAUAGCAGUGAGAAAUUUGUUACCGAAGAAAGUGGUUGAACCAUUAAUUGAGUUAAGCAAUUUCUUCAGGCAGUUGUGUUUCAAAACCCUAGAGGUGGAUGGUCUAAAUUGUCUUCAGUCCCAAAUCGCUCUUACACUUUGCCAUCUUGAGAGAAUUUUUCCUCCAUCAUUUUACGAUAUAAUGGAGCACUUACCCAUUCACCUAGCAGAGGAAGCAAAGAUUGCUGGUCCAGUGCAAUAUCGAUGGAUGCACUUUAUAGAAAGGUACCUUAUGACGCUUAAAUCAUACAUGCGUAAUCGAAGUCAUCCUGAAGGUUCAAUUGCACAGGGAUACUUGGUCGAAGAAUGUAUGACAUUUUGCUCAAGGUACUUGCAUGAUGUUGAGUCGAAAUUGCAUCGACCGUUAAGGAAUUGCGAUGUUAGUGACAAUCCUGAGAUAUUAAUAGGGCGGGCUUUAGGAAAAAGAAAAGGGGAACAUCGUGAAUUUAUUAAGCGGUCACAUCGUCGUCUCAGAGAUUAUGAUGUGGAUCGUCGUCACAAUGAUGAGUUUCCCAAAUGGUUCAAUUCUCAUGAUACCAAGCUAUUAGCUACUGAAAAUGUAGCGUUGUCAGAAGAGAUUAAAAUUUUGGCUUUGGGACCCAGCCAAAAGGCCACCAGAUUUAAUGGGUAUAUAAUUAAUGGUACUAGGUAUCAUACUAAGAGUUGUGAGUUGAGAAGAAAAACUCAGAAUAGUGGGGUUAUGGUGAAGGCAAAGACUUCUAGCUAUGCAAGUGCGAAAGACAUUAAUCCAGUGGAAGGUGAUGUAGCGUACUAUGGAUAUGUGACAGAUAUUAUUGAAUUGUAUUACUCACACGACCAUAGAUACAUGUUAUUCAUGUGCAACUGGAUUGAUAACAAUAAGGGACUCAAGCAGGAUGAUUUUGGUUUUACACUUGUUAAUUUUAAUCACUUGUUAUAUGCGAAGAAACAAGACAGUGAUGAGUCAUUCAUCCUAGCAUCUCAAGCACAACAAGUCUUUUAUGUUAAUGAUUCUGGUGAUGAAGAUUGGAAUGUUGCACUCAAGAUGAAACCUAGAGACUUGUAUGAGGUAUGUGGAGAACAACCAACUAUUGAUGAAGGACUACAUCACAACAAAGUGGAAGGAUUUGGUGAUCAAGAGUUAGAUGUAGCUUCCUUCACUUGUGAGGAGGACAUGGAUUGGGUUAGGCAAGGUAUUGAUGAAACAACUGUUGAUGAAACUAUUGGACCUCUUGAAGCAUCGACAGAGGCACAAUUUGAAAAUGACGAAGAACUGAUAUGA